GAGCAACACACACACCCGGCGAAAGCGACGGCGCCACAUGGACGACGUGUCGAUCGAAGCAACGCUCCUCGCGGCGGGUUCAAUCAAAUAGGGGGCGAAAUGGAGUAUCGUUGGUGGCGAGGGCCCCCCCACGGCCACCGAAAGGCGAAAGUCUCUAGUUGCACCCUUCUCUGCUUCGUCGUCCGGUCGCACCGGAAGGACGGCCAUGACCGCGUUGCCUGUUGUAAGCUUAAUCCCUCCAGUUGUCUCUAGGCAUUGCGUAACAGUGUUGGCAUUGCUAGUCCGCUCAUGGAGUUGCGCUGCUGCUGCCGUUUCGGUAGUGGUCAGCGACGCUUCCAGCUUCGAACCUGUUCAGCAGUGGUGCUUCAUUGCUAACGUGGCGCUUCUGGUUUCGCUGUGCCUUGUGCAAAACUAUUAUACUGAGUCGUUCAACGUGGUUUUUGAAAUACACGAUAGCUCUUCCUAUGAACAUUUUCAACGACACGGAUCAACCUUCUUGGCAUACAAAUGAAGGAUCUCCAUUGCAGAUUGGCUCGCUUUCGACUUCAACUUGCAUCGUUUUGCAUCGAAAUGAUCAAUAGCGAAAUUGCUACUAAGGGGGCUUACAACUAGUGCUGCAUCGCGCCGGAAUCUAAACCGUUCAAUAUUGUCGACUUCCAAGUGGCAUCAAUACGGGCGAAAUCUAAAUCCGAGUUUAAAACCUGCGACAAAUCUAAAUCCGAC